AGUAUCGCUUAUUAUUCCCCGGCUGUAAUCGUUUGGUGUUUUGUAACGAUACGUGCGACCGUCACGAGAAUCAUUUACGACGAUUAUAAGCGAUGGCAAACCCCGUUCGUGCCAUUUUCGUUAUUCGAAUUAAAGAAAAGUCCCGAUUUCGAGUUGAUUUGUAUCUUUCAACUGUAUUGUUUGACGAUUUUCGCAUCGAUAAUCGCAUCGAUCGAUCUCUUAAUCGUCGGAUUUAUCGUACAUAUUAAAACGCAACUGGAAAUGUUAAGAAAUUCAAUACAACGAAUUAUUUUUGAUGCGGCUACAUCAGCUAAAAAUGAUGGUUAUUCCGUAGAUUUCGACGACCCAUCAACGAUUCCUAAAGACCAUCUUGAUAUGGUGUUAAAAAAAAUCGUAAUUUAUCAUCAUGCAAUAAUCAAUUUGGCAUACGAAUUUGAAGAACAAUUUAAUCUUCUUAUUUUGACUGUUUUUUUGGCGAACACGCCGAUUUUGUGCUUUUCAAUGUACCACGCUUCGUUAUAUCCGAUAACCAACGAACAGUCCAUACAAGAUUUCAUGUUUAUGUCUGCGAUAACCACGCAAGUUUUCCUUUAUUGUUAUUGGGGUAACGAGUUGGCGUUGGAAAGUCAAAAGGUUGCUUCUACGUGCUACGAAAUUAAUUUCGUAGGGGCGCAUAUUUCCUUUCAGAAAUCGUUGGUUAUAAUUAUACAGAGAAGUCAAAAACCUAUUGAAAUAACAGCCGGAAAGUUUACAAGAUUAACUUUGAUGACGUUUGUGGGGAUGUUACGACUUUCUUAUUCGUAUUACAUGGUUUUAAGAACAAGUAGUGAUCUUACAGAUUAA